AUGCAAUCUCAGGACAUCCGCCUGCGGCUGGUGAUCCGCCGCCACGGGCUGCCCGAGAUCAAGCUCCUCUGGCCGUGCUCUUGCGCCGAAGACGUCACCAUCGCCAAAGUCUUGGAGCAGGUCAACGACGUCGUUCCCCUCGAGAGCGGCGAAUGGGGCCUGGAAGACUACGCCGUGGAGCUGGAGGAUGGCAAAGGCGGUAGCUUCGAGUGCCUCCACUUCCAGCAAGUUGGCCGGAUUCUAAAGGACGAAGAUCAAGUCAUCAUUCGAUCUCUUCUCACCGGCGACUUGAAACGACGGCGACUCAGCGGGCGAUGGCAGAUCUCCGACGAUGGCAGACACUUGAUAGAUGGCCUCGCCUUUGGCAGAUCCUGGUUAAGAACACCUCGCGACCGCCCAAACAUCGAUCUGCCGCCACGAAAACGUGUUCGCUUCAGCAACGACGACGAAGAUGACGAUCAAGAGCAAGAGCAACUUUUGUUAGAUACACUACCUUCGUCUCGGUACGGAAUACCCAGUACUGUGCGAACCAUGUACGAUGACGACAGCGAUGAGGAUGAGGACGACGACGAAGAUGAAGACGAUGACGACUUUGACGCGUACCAAGCGUAUGUUGAUGGCAGAAGAAGAGAUUUGGAGCUCGCGGAAGAUAGUGACAUGGACGAAGAUGAUGAAGAGGAUGACGACGACGAAGAUCUUGAAGAAGAACUACGCUUCCUGAAGCAAGAUGAAGCCCCCCUGCCCGGCGGCCGCCUGCCUCGUGAACUUAGGAAUAUCGGGCGGUGUCUUGAUCCGCUUGGAAAGGUAAAAAUAGAUACUGAGAGUGAGGAUACAGAAGGCGCAGAAGACGAUUUACCAGACAGCUUUCCUAGCGAAGAGUCAAUAGCUACUCAUGGCUAUACUGGCGUACCCAUCGACAUGCUUGUUGCCGUGUUUCGAUUGACAUUUUCAGAGCUGUCAGACGAAGAUAUCAAAUUUGCCCUCACUCGGACGAAUAAGGAUAUGAGAAAGACUUAUUUGUCACUGGCAAUACUUCAAGAUCCUUCUCAAGACUUUGAUCUGAUGAUGGACGACGCUUCUUUCAUUCUUGCUCAUGAAUCUCUUCAACAAGCCAAGGAGACCACCAGUGUCAUCAAUGGACUCGACGCCAACAGAUUGCGCAUUGAGAGUCGCGAGAAAGGCAAGGGACGAUCGAAGCCGCUCAUUCAAGAAGUCGAAGACUCUGAAGAAAUCGAAGAUUCCGAAUUUCUUAGAGAAUCUCAGUUGAACGGAGGCGUUUCAAUCUCUCUCCCGAGAUCGAAUCAGAACCAAGAUUUGAGUAGCGACGAAACUUCUGAAUCUGACUUUGAAGAAUCAGAAUCAAACUCAGAAGAGAAUACAUCUUCUGAAGAAGAGAGUGAAUCAGACUCUGAGGACGACUCUAGCGAUGCCUCUGGGGACAGCUCCUCCGGUGAGGAAGAAGAUCGAGGCCGUGCUAGCACAUUACCGACAGCAACCGCGGCUCAUAAGAAAGCACAAGAUGCCUCAUCAAAAAAAGGCUCGCAUAGCGAUGGCAUUACCGGCAAUGCUACCUUGGGUGCGGGGAACAAGAAGGGCCGUAGCAGCGAUGCUCGCGCUUCUGCAAGCUCCUCCAGCGAGAGCAGUGACGACACAAGCGAUUCGGACUCGACAGAGGAGUCAGACUCUGAAUCAGAAUCAGAAUCUGAGUCGGGGUCUGAGUCUGAAUCCGAGUCUGAAGUAGAAGAACUAUCGUCGAAAAAGCCAGUAACGCCAGCAGCUCCAGCGCGCAAAAUCCAGGACAUCACAGCUGCACUGGCCACUCAAGCUCCAGCAACUGAUACACCGCCAACAUGUGGACUGACACGAACUCAAAAGCGAAAUGCUAGAAGGAAACGUAACAAGGUCUUUAAAGAAAGCGGCCUUGAGCAGUCUCGGUUAGCAAAUGGUGAGGGAGAUGGUGUCGCACAAGAUGACUUUUUGGCACGAAAAGAAGCUCUCUUGGCUGCUAUCCUCAAUGAAUCCCCGAAAGAGGACGCAACAAACAAUGAGGCAGAGAUGGAAGAUGCUUCUGUACCGGGUCAGGAGGUAAAUGUCGAUAAGGCGACUGAAGCGGAAACACAAAAUCCGAAAGAUACGCCAAGAAAACGCUCAACUCGCGUUGACGUGGGCGCUGGCCGCCGGCUUCUAUUUGGCGCUCUAGGCCUGAAAGCCCCAGCAACCAAAGCCGACGAGCAAAAAAUCCGUGACAGCCUCAUGAAAAACGUGCGACCCUUGGUCAAUCCACGCACUCUGCAAAAUGGUGACGACGGCAAGGCCAGUGAAACUCUUGUGGAGGAUGAAGAAGACCCUGAGGCUUGGAGAGAGAAAAUCAUCUACAAGGCUGUGGAAUGCUGCCACGAGGACAUGGUACUCAGCGAACCACCAUUCCCCUUUGUCCAACGCUGGGAUCCCCAGCAAAAGUAUCAGACUAUGCGAAAGCGAAAGCGCGCGUCAGAGAACUACCAAGCCGAUACUUCGUACGACGACUCUGCCUUCUAUUAUAGCGCUCAUGAACCCCAACAAGACUACUACGAUGGAGAUGCCGGAGAAACAACCAAAAAGAAGAAGAGAAAAUCUGCAAACCUACAGAAUGGUACCUUGGAUCAGGAUGAGCAAGACGUGACUCUCAACGACGACGAGCCGCCAUUAAAGAGCAGCCAGUUUACGGACCUGGAUGAUCUGCCAUCUUUGCCCAAGGAUCUCAAGGCGUUGCCGUUGCUAACGCCUGAGUCGGCUCAGCCUGGGAUGGUCAUUACUUGGAAUCAGCUCCUCAUGUCGAAAGCUACAAAAUGGCAGCCAGAAUUGUUACCGAUUACGGGUCUUAUCAUUCCUGGAGGCGAAGAUGGUAGCAUUCACGUCGUGUUGGCUAGGCGAGACCGCGAGAAUAACGAAAAGAUGUACGAUGAAAUCACCGGAAAGCGAGUAUACGACAAAUUCGAAGCUCCAGAUCUGGAUGAAGCAAGCGGGGAAGACGACGAGGAAGAAGAUGAUGGCUUCAGGUCAUUGCAGUGGACGGAGAUGCUGGAGCCUCGCAUUCUGCAGCAAGCUCCUGUAAACGGCAACACGGAGGCGGCGGCUCCAGAGGGCGAGAUGCCAUCAGGGCAUGACCAGGUAAGCGAACUCCAACCAGAGGUGGAUGCUUUAGAGAGCCAGCCCAGUACGGGUCAAGUGCGGGCAGCUGUUGAAAAUGAUUUGAUGCACGACUCGUUUGGUACAAUACAGUCCGGCCAGCCAUUGCCAAGACUGGAUGCCUCCAUGUCCGAAGUGCAAAUCAGCACUGCCAGCAAUAGCUUCGAAUUUGUCGGACAUUUGAAUAGCAAUAAUGCCGCAAAAACACCAGGCGCUCAACUAGACCACCCGUUGACUGCUGCAGCCAAUCCCUCAAAUGCACACUCUGCAAAGUCGAAUUAUUUGGUAGAGCGAGAAGACGAAGCAGCUGCUGACCAAGAGGCAGAACUAGCACAUAGCCUAGCGAAUGCCGUGGCAGAGGGCGUCUCGAAUUCUCACGAGCCCAUGCCGAAGAUAACGGAGCCGUCUGAAGAUGAAGGAGGAGAGCAAGAAGGAGAGCAAGAAGGAGAGCAAGCAAGAGAAGAAGAGGAAGAACAGCAGGGAGAAGAACAGACAUCUGGACAAAGCGGUAGCGCAAUCCACUCCGACACCGUCAUCGCCGCAUCGCAGUUUAGUAUUCCUAGUGGGCGGCAACCGCGGACUGCGUUUUCCAUGGAAGAGGGUCCGCCUCAUGGCACAUUGAUCCCCGAGACAUUGCUACAUCUACCCGAGAGCACAGCACAACCAAACGACUCGAAAUCGCCGGCGUCCAGUUCCAGCAGAAGCAGCCCGUUCCCGUCGCUUGAGGAGAUAUUCAUGUCUGCUCAGCCCACUCAAAAUUCGGACAGGAAGUUGAAUACCCCUUCUUUCUCGGCGAGCCAGGCCGUCCCUGCUCAGGAUACGGAAUACGAAGAAGCUAUGCGCAAGCUUGAUGAGGGACACGAGUCGGAUCACUCUCCCGAGCAGAAGCAAGAAGAAGAAGAGAAAAUGGACAGUAAAGUAUUUCCCAACGCAACGCAGCCAUCGGUCCGCACGAGGGUUGCAGAUGAGGAGCUACCAGCACUAUCGACUUCUCUUUCUCAGCCGGAAAAGACGAAUGACAAAGCGCCAUUUGCUAUACCGGCUGGAAGUCAGGUCAUUGUUCUGAGCUCCAGCCCAACCUCGAGCGCUGGCGUGCCAAAUGAGAAUAGGGAGCCGGAAGUUGGGAGACCGAGUCCGACCAAGGCAAAAAGAAAGCUGCCCACUGGUCCUGGGUGGGUUAGGAAAGGCACCCGGGACGAGAAAGAUGCGCUGAGUAGCCCCAGAAGGAGUCGCCGAGGACGAUCAGAGACAGAGGUGCCGCUUGUUAGCGCUGUGAAUAAAUACAAAGGGCGAAAGGGGAGGUAGAAGAGGAUUGGCAGGGGAAAUGGCUGUCGAGUAGACGACGAUGUCUGAGAGAAAGAAGAGUCUUAUAGUAUAUCACUGUAUAAAUGAAGAGGGCAUAUAGGACUGGCCGCCGAUGGCAGGAAUCCGCAAGAUGGCAUGGUUGCAGUAAAUUUGCGCGAGCGGCAUUUGUUGAGCGAGCAU